UGUUGGGUCAGGGGGCGCGCGCUGCCCGCGGGGGUGGCGUGUUGCAGGCCCGUCACAACCCCCGGUCGCCGCCGCCGCCGCCCGCAGCUCAGUGUCAUCUCAAGCACCACAGGGCGCGGCUGCCUCCUCUGCCGCCGCCGCUGAUCCGCCGCCGCCUCCUGUUCAGCCAUCCGCCCACCCUGCCAUCGCCGCAGUGGUAGCGCCCGACUCCAGCUGACCGGCCUGGAAUCCCGGCUUCGAGCCCCGGCCUGGACCCUCCGCCUCGAGCGACCCCUUCCCCUACCCCAGCCCUGAGACCUGGUGUCGCCGCCGCCAUGGGAGACGCCGGCAGCGAGCGCAGCAAAGCCCCGAGCUUGCCGCCCCGCUGCCCCUGCGGGUUCUGGGGGUCCAGCAAGACUAUGAAUCUCUGUUCCAAAUGCUUUGCUGAAAAAAGAAAUCCACACAAUGAAAAAGAUUUUCAAAAGAAGCAACCAGAUGAUGAGUCCACUCCCAGCACAAGCAACAGCCAAUCGGAUUUAUUCUCUGGAGAAACAAAUAGUGACAACAGUAAUACCUCCCUAUCCACACAGACUGUUAACUCCAACCAGCAACUAUCGACAGAACUGAAUGUAACUUCACCCAGCGAAGAGGAAUGUGGGCCAUGCACAGAUACAGCUCAUGUCUCCUUAACCACAGCAACCAAAAGAUCUUGCGAUUCAGAUUCACAGUUGGAGAGCGAGGCUUCUCCUGAGAAGCGACCACGGUUACUGGAGGACAGUCAUGACAGGCCUGAAGAAAUCAGCCGUUCCAAACAGAAGAGCAGACGCAGGUGUUUCCAGUGCCAAACAAAACUGGAGCUGGUACAACAGGAACUGGGAUCAUGUCGCUGUGGUUAUGUGUUCUGUAUGUUGCAUCGCCUGCCUGAACAGCAUGAUUGCACGUUUGACCACAUGGGACGCGGGCGUGAAGAAGCCAUUAUGAAAAUGGUGAAACUGGACCGGAAAGUGGGGCGAUCAUGCCAGCGCAUUGGCGAGGGCUGCUCCUGAGUUGCAAGACUCUCUACAACCAAAUGCCGUUCUCUUAGUUCACUAAUGUUAGCCUUAUUUAGGACAAAGUCAGCCAGCCACCUUGUACACUGGGCAAGUUUCAGACUACAGCCAAUCAAUUUCCUUUCUUUAGCCAACCAUCCUGGUACUGUAGUUUAGGGGUUAAUGGUGAUUGACAUUGAUUUCUGGCUGGUUGUUAAGGUGCCUGCUAGCCACCGUAUUAAAAAAAAAAUGAAGAAAUUUUUUUGAGCAUGGCUAGUGGAUUUAACAAAAAACUAAAGACUUCAAUUAUUGCAGGAGUCAAGCUCUUUUUUAAAAAAGCCUUAUGCUGGUAAGCUUCCAGCAGCUGAGUAGAAACUGAUGUAAAAGACUGCUGUGUGCACACCUCUCUGGAAGAAAGUACCCUUAAUAGUCUGCUUUUCCUAUCCUCACAUUUAGCUAACUUUGAAGGGGUGAAACUCUGCUUAGAGCAGGCAGUGUAGCUGCUGAACCUAGAAGACCUAAACGAUCACUUAUGCCAUCUUCACACGUGUCUUCUGAGGUUAGGUAGCAUCACCAGCAUCAGGGAAUCUCUUCGGGUGGGAAUGUCUUUUUGAGAAGACAAAAAGAGGGGGACAGAUUCUUAUGACAACUUUUAUAUCAAACACAUUACAGGGAAACUGUUUCUUUACUUAGGUGGUGGUGGAGGAGGAUCUUGUUUUAAAGUUAGCUCCAUUCUGGAACAAGCAGUAAAGCGUGUGCAUUUUCUACGCAGCCUUUCUUAAGCGGUGUGAUCGAAUUCCAUACGCCAACCAUUGUGGCUGUUUUCCAUCAGCCCAAACCUGAUUGGCUCUUGUUUGCCUUUUGCUAAGUGCAGGUAUCUGAUAAUUGAUCAAAUAAGGCUAAUUCACAGCACAGUAGCCAUGGCUGGUUCCUACAGACUGACUUUCUGUAGCUAGACAUAUAUUGAAGGGUAAAGGACAUUUUGUAGCAAACGGAAUUCAGUAACAGUAUUGGGGAACAACCAGGAAAAUCACCCCUUAUUGAAUUGAGUUUUGUAUGCCUCACUUCCAGUGUGUUAAGGAGAUAAUCAAAUGGGCUCUUCCAGCCUUGUGACUAUGCAGCUCGGUACUCUCAGUGAAAGGUCUCUCUGCCCAUCAUCCAUUGCGAAGCAAAUGAUUGUGAAAUGCAUUGCAUAGAAUUGGGACUCUCCAGAUCUGCUAUUUAGAGCUACAGUUCUGUAUUGUAGUCUGUCUGUCUCAUUGAGGCAGUGAGUGGCAGGAAAACAGCAGUUUCUGCCUCCAGCUUCAGGCAAGGUUUCUGUAGGAAAAAUAACUCUUAUUGAUGGUGGCCUAGUGUGGAAUCUUUACCCCAAAACCAGUUAGUGCUCCAUUAGCAAUUAAGAAUUAGGUAUAUAGUUGGGAGUGGGGGAUGGGGUGGGGAAGGGUCAGGAUGAAUUGUCUCGUACUUUGACAAGUAGGUUACAUUUAAGCCACCCAAAGAGUGAAUUACCCUCAUGUCACUCUAAAAAAAAGGGGUUGUGGGAUAGAGCAGUUUAAAUAAGUUACUGACUGUUCCAUUUAUGCUGAAGGUAAAUUACUGGUUUACGGGCUGAAUUGCAUUUACUCUGGCAGCCAACUAUGGCCAGCGACAGAGACUCGGCCUUUGCCUGUAUUACAGCAAUGCAAAUUAGUAAAGAAGUAAAUAUGAAAUAUUCCACCAUUAUAAAGUUCAAUAUGGAAAAGCCAUUCUGUGUUGUACUCAAGGCUUUGAAAUCAGCAAUGGAAUUUCCAGCUGCAUAUUCUGUUUCCUAAGGAAGUAUUCCCCUUCCAUCGGUAUGAGGGGGAAAUCAGACAAUUUUCUUUGCGUUUGCCAUGAAGAGUUUAAAAAACAUGGACUUCAGCUGCUGCCGCGCUAUGCACUUUCUUCCCUUCUAAAAUCCUAGCAUAGCAUUUGAUGGACAUUCUGAUUGAUACACAAGACUUUUGCAGAUUAAUAACGAAGAUGCUGUUUUUCCCCUUGUUAAUCCUUUCUUUAGCCCUGUUACAAGUGCACAGUUGGUUUCACGGUGGCUCUUGAGCGAACACUACUCAAAGUUCAUGUGGAUUAUGGACAAUGUUCACUUUAAAAAAAGAAGUGUGGGGGUUGUUCCUUUGCAGUAUCUGUUCUGUGAAGUUUGUUAAACGUAAAGAAAGCUUAAGUUCUUGUAUCUUUAAAGAAAAUCUUAUUUAACCCUUUUUUGUGUUCUAGAUUUACUUACACAUGUAGCCUAGAGCUCAGUUUUAGUUUAACAUUGUGAAAAUAUUAAAAGGAUUGUAAUUCUUUUUCCUCCUGCUUAAAAGAAACAAACCAUUAAACAGAUCAGAUUAAAAUUUGAA